AUGCGCUUUUCACAAGAUUUUCCUAUUUUACAGGAUAUCUCGCCGACCCCACCCUCGUUCGUCGUUUCACCCAAAUCAAAAUUGAUCAUUGAUGAAUCCUCCACUCUAAUUAUCGUCUGUGACGUUCGCGGGAGCCCCGAAAUGGAAGUCACAUGGCUCAAGGAUGGGCGACCACUAAAUACCACUGAAAGAAUCCGUUCAGAGCGUGAUGGGCUAACUUGUAGACUUGUCAUAGCAAACGUUACCACUGGAGAUGAAGGGAAGUACACAAUCAUAGCGAAGGAUGAAAAUGGCGAGGCGAAGGCUGACACAGACGUUGUAGUGUCUCCAAAACGUGAAGCUGCUGAAAGUCCAUCAGUGAAGAUUGUAAAAGGACUCCCGGGCGCUGUGGAAGGGCUACAAGUGGAGAGUUGUGCGAUGGAUUCAGUAUCCUUAACAUGGACAAGUCCAGCGAACACUGGUGGAUCAAAAAUAAGUGAAUACAAGAUAGAACAGCGGACACCUGACCAGCAAGGUUGGACGGAAGUCGCGACUGUAACCCGGCCUAAAUGCGACAUCAAGAAUCUUACUCCAAAUACAGAGUACCGCUUUCGGGUGGCUGCAAGCAACUCGGAAGGACUCGGCGAUUGGGCUGCUCCCGUCAGUGCGAAAACUUCCCCUGCAGGGUCUAAACCACAAUUUAUAGAACCACCUCUUCCUACACUCAUCGUAGUGGAUGGUCAGCCGCUGGUUAUCUCAGCCAAGUUUACAGGCACACCCACACCUGCUGUCAGAUGGUACAGAGAUAGAAGAGAGAUAACUGACUUGGAUAGCAUAACUGUGGACAGCGAGAGUACCUCGCUGACUAUCUCUGAAGCUCGUCAAGGCGUAGAUGACUCGUUGUACUCUUGCUUGAUCGAGAAUGAUAUGGGUCAAGCUUCAAGCGAUAUAUCUGUCUCAAUAAUUCUUAGCAGCGAAGAUACCACCGAUCUUGAAACCCGCAGUGAACGCAGUGAGAAAGCCCCUGCUGGUACUCCUUCAUUGCUGAAACCUUUGACAGACGAAACUGUUCAGGCUGGCCAACAGUUCGUGCUGAACUGUAAAAUAACCUCGAAAAAUGGUACGGUGGCCUGGUAUCGUAACGACGAUCGCGUAAUUUCCACUGGACGUUAUGAGCUUUUCAGCGCCAAGAAUGGGCUUCAAAAAUUGGUGUGCCAUAACAGUGUAAGAGAUGAUUCUGGCGUCUAUCGCUGUGUUGUGACAAAUGAAAAAGGAAUGGCACAAACUGAGUGUAAGGUUACUGUCAAAGACUCAGCUGAACAAGUGACACCCUCAUUCAAACAACCUCUAGAAGAUACCACGACUAUGUUAGGAAAGGAUAUUGUCCUAAAGUGUCAUGCAGUCGGCUGUCCUGACCCUGAACUCGUCUGGACAAAGGACGGCGAACGACUUGCUACAAGCAGAAAAGUUCACCUUGUCUUUGAUGAACAAGGCGGAUCCGAACUCCAAAUAAAGGAAUGUACAGCUCAGGAUGCAGGAAUAUACCUUUGCACGGCUACAAAUAGCGCUGGUGUACAAUCAACACAGUGCACACUUACAGUUGUUAGUGUGGCUGGAAAAGAUGCUCAUCUAGUUAUAGCAGAGGAGGAGAAGGUGGCAGCACCAAGAUUUAUUCGCGCUCCACCUUCAACAAUGGAAUUCAACGAAGGAGCUCAAUUCAAGUUGAUUGCUAAGGUAUUUUCUUCAUAG